UUUACUCGGAGGGCGCAUGACGUGCCGGAGGGGCCGAGCCCCGGGCCGCGGCGGCGGAAGGAAGCGCGGGCGCAGGCCAGGCUUGGCGGAGGGUGUGAGCCGGGGGGAGGAGCCUGCGCGGCCCGGCUGCGGGCGCAGCGGCCCAGCCAUGUCCGCCGAGGAGGUGGUGCAGAUCCGCCUAGAAGGCCGAUGCUACCCGGUGAGCAAGAGCAAGCUGAUCGAACAAAGCGACUACUUCCGUGCGCUCUACCGCUCCGGCAUGCGCGAAGCCGUGCGGCCCGAGGCCGGCCCCGAGGUGCAGCAGCUGCGCGGCCUGAGCGCGCCGGGCCUGCGGCUGGUGCUGGACUUCAUCAACGCGGGCGGCGCGCACGAGGGCUGGGGCCUGGGCGAGGACGAGCUGGCCGAGGCCAGCGUGCUGGCAGAGCUGGUGGAGGCCGCGUCCUUCCUGCAGGUCACGGCGCUGCUGCGCCUGCUGCUGUCGCAUGUGCGUCUGGGCAACUGCUUGGAGCUGUACCGCCUGGCUCAGGUGUACGGGCUGCCCGACCUGCAGGAUGCCUGCCUGCGCUUCAUGGCCCUGCGCUUCCACCAGGUCCUGUGCCAGCCGCAGUUCCCGCUGCUGCUGUCGCCGCCGCAGGCCCCCGGGGACUGUAGCCUGAAGCAGAGGCUGAGGGAGGCCCGUAUGCGCGGGACCCCGGUCCUGGUGGCCCUGGGGGACUUCCUCGGGGGACCCCUGGCCCCGCACCCGUAUCAGGGGGAACCCCCGUCCAUGCUUAGGUACGAGGAGACCACGGAACGCUGGUUCCCGCUGGCCAACAAUCUGCCCCCCGACCUGGUGAACGUCAGGGGCUACGGCUCAGCCAUCUUGGACAACUACCUCUUCAUCGUGGGCGGGUACAGGAUCACUAGCCAGGAGAUCUCUGCCGCGCACUCCUACAACCCCACCACCAACGAGUGGCUGCAGGUGGCCUCCAUGAACCAGAAGCGCUCUAACUUCAAACUCGUGGCUGUCAGUUCAAAGCUCUACGCUGUCGGUGGGCAGGCUGUGUCUAACGUGGAGUGCUACAAUCCUGAGCAGGAUGCGUGGAAUUUUGUGGCUCCUCUGCCAAAUGCGCUGGCUGAGUUUUCUGCAUGCGAGUGCAAGGGCAAGAUUUACGUCAUCGGUGGCUACACCACCCGAGAUCGCAACAUGAACAUCCUGCAGUAUUGCCCCUCUUCUGACCUCUGGACGCUGUUUGAGACCUGUGAUGUUCAUAUCCGCAAGCAGCAGAUGGUGUCUGUGGAAGAGACCAUCUACAUUGUGGGUGGCUGUCUCCAUGAACUGGGUCCCAACCGCAGGAGCAGCCAGAGUGAGGACAUGCUCACCGUGCAGUCCUAUAACACAGUCACUCGCCAGUGGCUCUACCUGAAAGAGAACACGUCCAAAUCGGGCCUGAACUUGACAUGCGCACUACACAACGAUGGCAUCUACAUCAUGAGCAGGGACGUCACUCUGUCCACCAGCUUGGAGCACCGAGUGUUUCUCAAGUACAACAUCUUUGCAGACAGCUGGGAAGCUUUCCGGCGGUUCCCAGCCUUCGGACAUAACUUGUUGAUUUCCUCUCUCUAUCUACCCAAUAAAGCAGAGACCUGAACGAUUCAACAGUAUUUGAAAGAAAGAUCUGGUUCAAGAAAAAAAAAAGGCAACUCUUUGAAAUACUGAUCCCUGAGGGACAAAGUAGGCUAACGUAGAUCACUACGUAGGAGGCUCAGCUGUAAAUAAGCUUUCUUGAGCUAAUUACUUGAAAACUUGGGGAAAGAAACCAACAUUAUUCUUUAUAGGUUGUUUUUUACAUCAUGGGAACAAAUGUCAUGAUAAGUAUUCAUCUAAACAGUCUUGGGCCAACAACUAAAACCCAACAUUAAACAGUGGGCUGCUGGGGUUGCUCCACCAGGGCCAAGGUCAAUAGCUGACGUGAUAGUAGUCAUGGUUUUGUUCUGUGUUUCCCCCACUGGGGGUGGGAUCUAGGGCCUCACGCUAGUCCCAUAAAGAUUACUUUAAAAUUGAUUUCUUUAGGUCACCUGAGAUGUCAUUAGUAGGAUGUUUAGUUUCUUUGACAAGUGUUAGGAGCCACCUCCUCACUCCUCCAGCCUCCUGUCACCCUGUUUUUCUGGUCAAGCAUUUUAUUGUAUAUUUGCUUUCAGGAACCCUAACAGGUGUGUCCAAUCUUUAGACAUUUCAUUACCAUUUAUCAAGUUUGUGCACAACAGUUACCUUUAAAAAAAACAAAAACCUCUUAUUAAUGUUUUAAGUAAGGUCCUGAUGUUGUGUUGGCUAGAGUUACAGCAUCCUCAGGGGCCACAGGCUAUGGCCACUGUGCCUGCUGCAGUGGUUGAGCCAGACAGAGAAGCCACAACCAACCGGUCCAUCCAAAAACUUGGAUAAGCACCUUCUCAGCCACUUGAGAAUGCUGUGUGAGCAGACUUGUCAACCUCUUAUGUUUGUGUGGCAAAUGCAGGUCUACGUGGGUCACAGACCCUGCAUUGUGAGGUUUUGUUUUUAGAAGAUUGCUAUUAACGUUUUAUAAAUUGUGUCUUAAAUGAGGGAGUACCACAUAAGGAAACAUGCCUUUAUGAGUUAUUUUUAUUGAAUGUAUUGACUUAGCUCUUGUUUCAAGAUUUAAAAUAAAAAACAAAACAGAGCAAACUUUUGCACAUUUAGAUGAGGAUCCCUCCUAACUUAGUCUCAGCUGUGUAGUUAUGUUCUGCCUUUCAAAGGCAAGGGUGGCCUGUAGCUCACUUAUGCUGGAAAGCAGAGGUGAGGUUCUUUACAGAUAUAGAAUGGCCUCUGCUGGUGUCUGAACUGAGGGGAGGUGCUGGCCUCAUGACUCUCAUGCCAACAGCAGUAAACAGCUCUGGGGAUUUCACCAAGUCUGUUCAUAAUGAAGAAAGGGACCUGCCAAUCAUGGGUCCGUGUUUCUUAAAACAUUCAAGGGCCCACUUAGAAUGCACAAGAGGCCCCAGGUACGUACAGCAACAGCAACAAGGCCCUCACUUAUAGGAAUUUUGAUUGAAGACCAUUUGCUAUAACCAGCUGCUGUCUUGUAGUGGAGUUAGCUAAAUAAGCCGGACUCCAUCUCUGCCCCAGCAUCAGACAGUGGGCAGUGCCCUUUCAGUGACAGCUGCCUUGUGUAGUUAAGAAAGCUCCAUAGCAAAACAAAAACUACGGACAGAUUCAUUCCUCACAAAGCUGCUCUCCCAGUGGCUGGACUUAGGGGGAAUGAUCCCCCACCCCACCCCAGUAGGUGUCCUGAGGGAGUCACUUCAGGGUUUCUUUACAGCUAUGCUUCUAAUAUACCCAGAGAGCCUAGUUAUAAAAAUCUUAUUUGCCCAACUAUUUGAAAGUUCUGUCUACAGAGUUCCAGGACAGCUAAGACUACACAAGGAAACUCUGUCUCAA